AGUAAUUUAUUUCAUGUCAAUAUUUUCUUUGAUUGAAACCUGAAGAUGUGUUAUAAUCCGCGAAAUCUGCCUGUCCUUUCAAACAUCUGUGUUAGGACCUAAAUGUAAUAUCCUGUAAUUUAUUUUUAUUUUUAUUAUUUUAUUAGCUUCGCCCAAUAAACUGUAACUGCCACAUGGAUCCAUACAUAAAUAAAUAUYAUACAAACACUAUAAUAACAAAGAGGACACCGCAACAGAAGAGCCAAUUACAGCGGGCCCAAAUUAAAACGAUUUAAAAGUCAAACAAUUAAAUUAUUACAUACAGCAAGUUAUUCUUAAGUUUAGAGGACGGGCAGCAGAAUUAUACUAUGAAUGUUGGAUUUUGUGCAAUCUGACUGGYUCACUUUMGCAAGGUACAUAUUAACUGAUCCACAAGCGCUUUCMUUCUGGUUSUUAUAAAUUUAAAUGUUCUAUGACGUCAGCGGAACAAAACUGAGCUUGUUAAUAUUGUUGGGGUCCCUGUAGAUAAUUUUGUAAUAGCUAGAUUACUGAUUAGUAACCAAUAUAAUCAGUUUGCAAACAGCAAUGAUUGACAUAAGACAUGAUUGGUGGGUGAGUCUCCAAAACAAGCUUUAACCGGCUCCUAUUCUGUUGUGCAAGAAAACAUUGUAGGACUUUGGAACUAAAUUCUUCUCAAAGAUCUCAAAGACCACAAAUACUUGAAGAAAACUAAAGUUUAUCCACUUUGACUAAUUCCCCGUAGAGUUUACAGGUAUUAUCAAUCAAUUAUAGGAUUUCAAGAGUGCCGGGCAAUGGGAGCACAUAUCAAGGGAGCUUAUGUGACCCGACAUAGCAUUAUUCUAGUGACCUUCGUAGUUAUAAUGAACUUCAAUACAGGAUCUUCAGCUUUGUGUCCUCAACCUGCUGUAAACAUAUCGAUGAGUUUAUGCCCUUCUUUAAGACGAUUAAACUCAACAGAAUGUAUAUCUUUAGCGGAAUGCUGCUGGGACAGCAACACUACAAGCUGCUUACAAACAUCAAACAUGACAACACAAAGACCCCCUGUUACAACAAUCWUACAGACACAACCUACAAGUACAACUCAACAAAGAGGUGGUUAUUGCAUCAAGUACAACAAACCAACCUGCCGUGCUUAUCUUAACCAAUCAGAAAGCUUCAACGUCACUAGAUUUAUUGAUGGUCGAAAGGGUAUUAACCAAACUGAAAUUAUACUAUCACAAUUCCUAGGAGUGAUUGACAAACAUGUCGAUAAUCAAAACUCAAACUGUCAAUAUCUACUAAAAGUCAUAGUUUGYCAAUUUCUGCUUCCAAAAUGCGAUCAGUACGGCGUUCCCAAGAACUACUGCCGUGAAGACUGUGAUGCUAUCUUCAAGAAAUGCAACGUCGAGAUAAAACAGUUGUUAGCUGUUGUAAAAUAUAUGAUUCAGAACUGGAACAUAGAGUUUGUACACCUUGUUAUCCCUAAUUGUACGCAGUUCAAGUAUUCAGGAGAGAGCGAAGAAAAAUGUGAACAUUUUGGAUUAUUUGAUUUCCAGGCUUCAACCACACCCAAACCRAAGUCUGCAUUGGUUGUGCCUAUCAUAGCAGGUGGUGUAGGGCUAGUUGUUCUCGUAAUCACAAUCAUUAUCGCAAUUGUAAUCAUUAAACGUCGCAAGCUUAAAAGCCAGUGUGACUACAAAGGGGUGACUUUCACGGCUGUMACAAUGAGAGACAGACUUCGAGCAGACACGAUAAUGGCACUGGACGAAAUGAAGGUCAUGAGUUUGUACAAUCCUGAUGAUUUAAUACAGUACCCUCUAGACAAAGUGGAAUACGUGAAAGACCUGGGAGAAGGGAAUUUUGGACAGGUUUUUCAAGGUAGAGCUUUUGGUCUACAACCUCUUGAUAAACCUGGAACUGAGCUUAUGGUUGCCGUGAAAACACUCAAGUCAGGCUGCUCGAAAGAAAUGAAGGUCUCAUUUCUCAAGGAAGUGACGAUGAUGUCUGUAUUGCAUCAUGAUAACAUUGUAGAACUGCUUGCUGUCUCGACCGAGGAAGAGCCUUAUGGAAUGAUCUUUGAAUACAUGGCUAAUGGUGAUUUAAGCCAGUAUCUUAGAAGCCGUGGUCCAUAUGUCUUCGACGAAACGCAGGUUAAGAGAGUCGAAAUCCCAACCAAAGAAGAACUUUUAUCAAUCUCACUACAAGUUGCAAAUGGUAUGGAAUAUYUGCAAACAAUGCGCCUAGUACAUCGUGAUCUGGCUACCAGGAACUGUUUGGUAGGAGACGAUCUAACCGUCAAAAUAGCUGACUUUGGUAUGUCACGUGACGUGUAUGCGUCAGAUUACUACAAGGUCGAGGGCCAGGCGGUAAUGCCCAUUCGAUGGAUGCCGCCUGAGGCAUUACUGUUCGGCAAGUUUACAGUAGAGUCUGAUGUAUAUUCAUAUGGAGUAUUGCUAUGGGAGGUUUAUACAUAUGCCUUACAGCCUUACUAUGGUUACACCAACGAAGAGGUCGUAGACUUUAUUAAGAAGGGAGUUCAUCUCGGUAAACCCGACGAUUGUGAAAACUACAUCUAUGAUAUCAUGAAGUACUGUUGGAACAAGGACCCCUCUCAAAGACCAAACUUUCAGAAAAUCAAAGCGCUUUUAAAACAAGAAGAUGAUUCUCCGUACGACCUUCCUGACGAACCGAACGGAACGAUACCAAAUCCCUUGUACCAGGAUAAAAUGGAAUUAGAGAAAGGAGUACAGGCAGCCAAGUCCUCACCAACAGUUAAAAGACAGGCAGAMCACACUUCUGGAGUUCCCUUACCCAGUUAUAUGAACAUUGCUUACGAUGACGCCGACAAAGAGACUGGUGCAGUUAAACUAGAAGAGGGAGAGCAAGAAAUAUGAUACAUGCUUUAUUUCACCGAUAAACACGUCAUUCCAUCCUUUAUUCCUUAAUAGAGC